AUGCAGAAGGAGUUGUUAUUGCGCAUCGUUGUUGUUGUGCAAGGUGAAGAUGGUUACUUCCGGAUGGGCCAUGAUGCUGUGGACCGGGACUCUUUCACGCUUUUGCAGAAAUGCACGGUGGCUAUCCGCCAAUUAGCCAUCGCCACCGGCGUCAGUGCGGAUACUUUCGAUGAGUAUCUCAAGGUCGCUGACACGACGAGGAAUCUAUGCCUAAAGAAAUUCUGCAGAGCUGUCAUCCGGACAUACAGUGUCGAGUAUCUUCGACAUCCUACGCCUUCUUCAGAGACGCGACACGGAUUUUCCGAGAUGCUCGGGAGUCUUGAUUGUAUGCAUUGGGCGUGGAAGAAUUGCCCCAAAGGUGUGGCAUAG